ACCGGAAUCGGCGCAGCCCCCUUGAUUUUCAUAAAAUUGAAUUUUCUCACCCAUCCUCUAUCUCCACUCGACAUUGACUUUGCUGGGCCUCCUCGACUGUCGAUCAUCACUCGCACGAUCAAACUUGGACACCUCAAUAUGCAGGCUUCCACGUCAAAAAGUGUCCUAAGGGCAGCGAGAACAGCUUGUACGUCGUCGUCGUCGCCGUCUCAUGCCACCCAUCGAGCGAUCGUCUCCUUGGCUCCUCGCCAUCGGUCUCCGCUUGCCGCUCAUGUCAGCAAGCGAUCCUUCUUCUCCUUACCGGAUAUAUCCAAGCUCGCCAACCUGGCUGGAUCAGUCAAUGAGGAGCGAGCCAUUGAAUCAGAUGGUGAUAUCCAAAAAUUUCACGCUCGUAAAGUCUUACCGUAUACUCCAGAGCAACUAUAUUCUCUCGUCUCCGAUGUCCCGUCUUAUUCAUCCUUCAUACCAUUCUGCACCGGCUCUACAGUACUUCAGCCGUCAUCGCCUGGAGCUAGGAAACGAGUCUGGGAGGAAUGGAAGCCCGAUUCGGAACCAUUUGAUGUGAAUGCAGAGCUAAAAGUUGGAUUUGGAGGUCUAGAGGAAAAGUAUGUUAGUCGAGUCGUCGGGAAACCCUUCGAAUCAGUCACAGCGACGGCAUCUGAAGGUGGACCCCUUUUCAAAUCCCUUACCACAUCAUGGUCCUUCUCCCCGGCUCCUUCACUAGUCCCUACCUCCAUGGGCGCCCCUGCCAGUACACUCCUCACAAUCGACCUCGCAUUCGCAUUUGCGAACCCGCUACAUCGGAUCGCAAGUCAAGCCGUUUUGCCUCGUGUAGCUGAUAAGAUGGUUGAUGCGUUCGAAAAGAGAUGCAAGGAGGAAUGGGGUAGGUCAUGAAGGAACGACAUUUGAGCAGUAAAAUCCUUGGAGUAUUCAUGUAGCGACUUGAGCGAGAUACAGUGAUGCAUUAGA